AUGAUAGACACAGUUAAAUAAAGUAUUAAAAACAAAGAAAAUACUUAGGCAGGAUUAAUUAUAGAAGGAGAUGAGUAUUUAAAGUCAAGCUAACUUUUACAAUAUACUUAGAAUAACAAUGAAUCAAUUAACUUAGCGGGAAAAUAAUUAACCAAUUUUCAGCAAAGAUUGAUCGAAAAAAUAUCAUUAUAUAAUAAACCUAUAGAAGUAGCUCUAUAUUAAGUUCCAGAGAAAAUAUGUAAAGAAGACGUUCAUAUCGCUUUUAAACAAUACCAUAUUAGAAACUGCUAUUUCAAAAGAUUAAACUGUUUUUUUAAUUUACCAAAGGAUUAAGCCAAUUAAUUGGUAUAAGAAACCAAUUUAAGAAUCACAAUAAAAGGUGAAAAUCUUUUGAUUGUGAUGCUACCAUUAAAAAUUUGA